AUGUUCGACAAUAUUCCCUAUUUGCCUCCGAACUUUGCCAGUGGCGUGAAAUUGGACGCAGUUGACGGGAAGCUCCUUAAAUUCUUCGCCUACUGCCAAGGUCGGACGCUUCUGUCGCAAACGAAUUUCUGGCUCACGGAGAUUGCAUCCAUGAUCGCAACCGAAGAUGCCGUCAAACACGCUAUUCUCGCUCUCGUUGGAGGAUACGUGCUUGACUAUGUGCACAAGGAUGACCUGCGCAAAAGAACGAAUGCGCAUUAUCGCAAGGCCACAGAAUUGAUCACUGCAGGCCUGGAGAGGCCCGAAGCACAUGCUGUUUCAAAAUCAGAGGGCAUUGUCGCAGCCAUAUUGCUGCUUCUUGUUGACGAUUGCGUUAACUGGGAGCUCCGAAAGCCCAAAGGGGAAACUCCAAACUGGUAUAAAGGGGCACAUCUGGCCAAAGCCAUCCUUGACCAUUCUGAUCCCGGUUACCGCUACUGGAAAGUUACUAACGUUCAGUGUGACAAAGCCUGGCUGGCCAAUGCCAAUUGGGCCUCCCUGGCAUGUGUUCUUGCGGAACCCGUUACGCCCCUCCAGUUACGUGAGAACGACCGCCGCUUUGGAUGGCUGCUGGAGGGCACCGAAAGGGAAAAUCCUCAUUCAAUUGUUACACCAAUUGGCGCGUUGAAAAUUGAGGAAAUGUUGCAUGACUUCCACCAGAGGUCAGAACUUUCAGAAGGAUAUGCAACGACUGAUGCCCUCCUUGAAUCCUGCAUCCUCGACGUUGACGGAAAGGUGAAUACGGCAACCAAAGUCACUGAAUUGACCGGGGAAACUUGGCGGAUGCCCUACAACGGAGCACUCUUCACUUCUCAGGCUCCAUUCUUCUGCGUCUUUAUCAUGUCGCUAGUUUCAUAUCAACAGCAUGACCGAGAUGUAGCCAGGGAUUGGUUUGAGACGGUUCUCUUAGCUGCCAGCUGUCGAUCGAGCGUGCCACCAGUCUGGGAAGCUGUCCAGGUAUUGUGGGAGUGGAUGGAUGCCGAACUUGUGGAUGAGGAUAAUUUCGAUAAUGCUGUUCCUAUUGGAGAGCGGAGGGCAUGGUGGGAGGAUAUGGUGGCGUAUCUUCUCGACAAGGUGGGAUGGGACCGCCAAUUUUGUAAUGCGAUAUAUUGA